AUGAAAGUAAACCCUAAAUCAUUGAAAGCUGAAUUCAGCAGACUGUUUGAAUUGGAAACCUCCAUUGAAAAAGACAGAAAAAUCAAUGAAAAGAAGCGCAAAUACGAGCAUGUGCAACUCGAGUCAAAAUACAACACAAACACUCUGUCAGAAAUCUUUCAAGAUCCAGAUUUAUUAGCCCGUAUAUCUGAGGAUGCGCACAAGAUUAUGCAAACAAAGACCCUGAGGCCGCCUCGCGUGCGAGAUGCAUCCGACAUCAUCAUAUCCAGAAAGCCUCAGGCCAAAGAUGUAACAACUGCUCGAGUUAUUGAAGAGGAUUUAGCCACGCAAUACAGCGCAAUAGAAAAGAAUCUCAACAAUGAGGAAUAUGUGAAUCCAUUAGUGCCCAAGCAGCGAAGAUACAUUGCACAUGAAGAGCACAGCGAACAGGCGUCAGCCAUAACUUCACAACCACAGACGCUUACACAGCCCUUUCCUGAUCCCAUCAGUGUUAGCUUGGAGAGCUUAGCGGCUCAAAAUGUAGAGAAUACCAACAAUGAAUUGAUCAACAUGCUUGAUGAGACGUCAAAACUGAUCAGAGAGUCUCCACUGAAAACUGUGCGAUCAAAUCACCUGUAUACCCUGUUACCGAGACAAGCUGAUAUCAAUGCGUACAUUUAUGUCAAGGACGACUACAAUCAAUCGCCAAACAAGGAAGCAAGUCGCUCAAUCGAUGAUACGCUAAUCACCAUCACUAUAUUCAAUCCAGACAACCCGCAUGUCAAAUUUCAAGAGAUUGAAAUGCUGGGCUCUCAAACACUCUCCAAUCUACGAGAUGCCGUCUACUGCCAAUCCGAUUUCACAUUAAACAGGAACCACAAAAACCAGAAUCCCAAUGAAAAGAUUGUGAAUACAACCAAAACCAAGCUCUCGCCAUCUGUGAUUUACAUGGACCAUGCAUUUUACAUUGACACUAGAAACAAAAAUGAUAUACCAGCCGAUUACUACGAUAAUUGGAUUGACGCAUGGCUCACCAAGAAGCAAGUCAAUCAAGAUGUCUAUCGCUAUGAAACAAAGAGCAUGGAAAAAGCAAAACUAGAAAACAUGACAUUGGAGCUGCACAAACCCUUUGCUUUUAUACAUCAAGACACUUGCGAGCACAUGAUGAUGAUCGAUGAUGUGCGAAUAAUUUCCAGCCACGAAUUUGGAUCCAAAAGCGACUUUCCUCGCACUACUCGAAACCUGCGUUAUGAUCGAUUCAAAUGCUCCAUGUGUGCAGUAUACCCAGCCACCAAGAUCACCCAUGAAGAUAUUGUUAGUGGAUUUUCGCCGUGUUAUUUCUGUGAUAUCUGCUUUGAAUCCUUUCAUCAUGGUGAUACCAGUGUCAAUGUUACUGAAUACAGUGGCACACCAGGCAGAGAAACCAAAUCUGCAAGACUCUCCAAGAGUCACAAGCAUUGUCACAAUUAA